CCGCUUUGUUGUGUCCGAACCGUCGUCGAGGCAACAUCAGUGCUUCGCCCGCGUGUGUGCCGACAUAACAAUAUCGUGUUUCGUGCUUGUGCAGUGCCAGUGACACGGAAAUGUUACGCUUGUGAUCUCAUAAAAAUAUUAUAAUGGCAUUAAAAAAGGAUUUCGAAAUUCCAGUGAACGUAUUCAAACAGAUCAAGCUGCCCAAGCCCGUGAAACUACAGCAGGCAUUCGAGAAGCUGUUCAAAAAGAACAACUACACGAAAAUUGUUCAGAGUUAAUUUACUUUGUUCGUUGUUAUAGUUGAAAUUAAAUGGCUGGUGAAUUUAGUGCAAAUAUUAGUAGAAGUAGUAGAAAAAGUCUAGAUUACACUGAUAAAGAGCCGCCGGAUCGAUCGCCUAACUUUAUAACUGAGCAAACUGAAUUUGUUGGUAACGGUAGUACUAACGCAAUAAAACAUCGAAGGAACAGAAGUAGAAGUGGUAACAGGAAACCGCCAGCGCUUCUGAGUUUGUCGGACGAGAAUUUUUACGAGGAUUUAGAAGAUUACGUUAAAAUGGCUGUUACAAGAGAUGCUGUGAGGAACGGAAGUUCUGACGACGUGUGGACACAACUCCAACAGAAGGAAUCUGAUUUGCUGCUGGCAGCAGAACUGGGAAAAGCUUUGUUGGAGAAAAACGAGGAGUUGAAGAAAGAACAAGAGCGUACAGCGGAAGAAUACUCCAAAAAACUAGAGGAGUUGGAGCAGGAGAAGCAUUUGUUGCGCCGACGGUUGGACACCACGCAAGGAGAGUAUGAGGCUCGUCUCUUGGAGCUUCAGAAUGACAUCAAGGAGCUCACCGCCAAGAUCGGCACUAGAGAUAACUCAGUCAAGCAGAGAGAUGAAGAAAAGGCCAGCUUGAUAGCGGAACUAACUGCGCAGAAUUCACGUCUUACUGUGCAGUUGAAGGAAUCAUCAGCCACAGAAGCACAACUGCUAGCCCAGUUGGAAGGACUCAAGGAUCAGUGCUCUAUGAGGAAGACUAGCUUACAAGACCAUGUACAAAGUUUGGAGUCCUUGAAAGCUGAGCUAGCACUGAUGAGUGAUAAGAAGUCUGACCUAGAGCGGAGACUGACUACUUCCCUGCGUGAUAAAGACAGCCUGAUGCAGCAACUCGAGGAGGCAAACGACAGAAUCGCUGCACUUGAAAGACAAUUGAAAGAACAAGAACACUUAUAUCUAAACACCCUCAAAGAGCUGGAACGUCUCCAAAGAUCCCACGACACUCUCGCCGAACGCGUUGGUGCACCAGAUGCGGCUGAUGCUACUGAUACAGCUCGCUCCUUACACGCUGAAAUGGAAACUGAACCAGAGGAAGAUGACAUCAAUUGGCUGAGAAGCGAGGCAGUUCAAGUCUUCAAACAACUGAGGACACUAGCCUUGCAACUGAAUACGGGACACGAUGAUGAUUCAGGUCUCCAUUCAGAUCUGUCUCUAACUUCGCUGGAUGGUGAUGAAGGUGAGACUCUCCGACGUGGAGCGCUGGCGGCCGCGUGCGCUGAUGCUGUGGCUGCUUAUGCUCAACUUGAGGGGUCCAGAGUGAGGGACUCCAUCGCUGCUCACGCCAGGCGGGCGCUGGAGCGAGAGAGGCAGAUAGAUGAGAAGAAUGACGUCAUUGCCGAUCUGUCUUCUAAGUUAUCCGUAGCAGAAGUAGAACUGCGCGCGGCGGCAGAGGAGAGAGACAAACUGCUGAACGACGCCAACUACAGCAGCCUGCAGCACGACGACGCGGUCACUAGAGCCAGACAGGAGAGGGAUGAGGCUAUCGAGAGGAAGAAGACAGUUGAGGUUUCUUUGGCGAAGACUAGGGUGGAGCUGAUGCAAGCUAAUAGCCAGCUGUACGAGGCGGUGCGGCAGAAGAUUGACCUCGGUCAGCAACUUGAGCAGUGGCAGAUGGAUAUGCAAGAGCUGAUUGAGGAGCAAAUGAAGCACAAACUGACAACUCAAGAGAAGAGAAGGAAGCUCCCCGAACCUCCUGCCCCAACAAGAACUUCUAGAAUCCUAGGAUUUUUUCAACGGUGAUCUGCUGUACCCAACUCUUGGUGCAACUAUCUCCGGCCAUAAACAUAAAUACCGCCACCAUUUUAUAUCUAUUUAUUAUUAAACAUCACGACGAAAUUGUUUUCCCCGCUGCGUUGAGCGUUCUUACGCCAUUGUACAAAGAUAAUUUAUCAUCUGUGGUCCUCGUGGCCGCCAUUUUGUCGACGGAUGCGUUCGCGUUCGUCACGUACGUAAGUUAUAGUGUAAUUUUAUUUUUAAAACCUUGUGAUGUUUAUACAUUUGCAGUGAUAGUUAGUGUCUUAAUUAGAUUGUUUAUAGUAAGUGUACGUUUAAUUAUAACGUUUUACUGAGUAUAGGUGAAUUACGAGAUUGUAGGAUUAUCUAUAACUGCACUUGGCUGAAUAAAUCUUUGGGCAUUCCGUACAAAAAUAGUAUAAGAAAACAAUCAUUCCUUACUUUUAGCAAUAUCAGAGCGGAUAUGGUAGGUACAACAGAUAAACAAAAAUCCAGGAGUUUAUACCACAAACUAGAUUUAGUGUUUCGAAUUUAGUGAACGAAUUAACACGAAACGAUAAUCGAAAUUUAGUUUUAUUGGAUCAUACUCGCCCGCUGCCCCAUCAUAUAACAUCAGCCAUUUUGCUAACGUUUUCUUAAGUUUAUAAGUUUUAUAUUAUAUAACAAACGCCUAUACCGAAAAAAAGAAAUACCUAUAGCUUGGCUAGUGCGUUUAGGACACUCCCAUGAUUUGCGGGCGACGGGGCGGGAAGGACUGCGCGGGUAUGAAAUCGGGCUCGCGGAGGCAUCGCUACCCCCUCCCGAUCCGCGCGGACCAUCGAGAGUGUUACGAACGAACUUGCCAAGCUGUAGGUAGUCAUUAUAAUAUCAUAAGCUUGCAUUAUGUGAACGUUGUUCGUUAAUGUUUAAUUUUUAAUUUAACACCUAGGUCAUUUGAAAGAUAGUUGAAUAUUUUGCUUCUGAAACUGGUUUUCUAUUAAUAAGUAUAGUACAUAAUACUGCAAAUUAGAUGGAACUAUAUCCAUCUAAUUUGCAGUAUUGUGUACCUACCUAUCACAGAAUAACCAGAGUGAGUCUUUACAAGCAACAUACUAAAGUCGGUGAAAUCCAUAAAAAAAACAAACGUCACGCGUUUCCUUGACAACCGCAUACACUAACUUUUUUCAUAAUUUGUAUUUCAAAAUUUAACACAAACAACAAUUAUGUAAAUUAAUAUAUUAAUUCUUUAGUUUUUGUAAACAGUUUUCAAAAUAUUUAAAAACAUAGGACGCCAUUUGUUUUUAAUAAUAUUGCAAAUUACUGAUGCGACGGUUUGUGUCGUACUGACUCGAUAAUGUAUUAGUUUUUGAAUUUUGUAUUUGGAGCGGCUACGACACCGUCGUGUUCCGUACACUCCAACUGUAUAUCAUUAAUUAAUCUGUGCUACUAAUCAAUCUUCUCUUUCCGUUAAGUACUUUGAUAUUUUACAAUUCUGUGAGUGCUAGUACUAGUACUCUCCUCUUAGAAAUAUUUGACAUUUUACUCUGUGAAUUUCUACGUUGGUUUUAUCAGAAAAUUUAAAAAAAUUUGAAAAUUUGUAAAUAACACUUUAAACAGCUUUUGAUUAACGGUAUUGUUUCACUAGAAGUGAGAAUUAUCCAAACGUUUUAUACUAUCAGAUAUGUCACUAAUGCAUCGAAACUGAAGCGAACAAAUGUGCCUAAUUGACUAACUUUCCUUUAGUGAUAGUUAUUUAAACGAUAAUACCUAACAGUCAUCGACCUCCUAUUAAAAAGUGGAUGCACAAUCAGCGACCAAAAAACGUCCCCACUCAAUAAGUGCCAAACAACUUCUUGGCACUCUAUUCAAGUAGUCGCAUUUGUAAAUUCAACCUUUAACUAAAUUCUUAAGGUUGAAUUUGCUCUGAUUUUGGGAUUUUAUUGAAUAUUGGACUAUAUUUAAAGGCCUUUAGGUAAAAUUUUCUUUGAAAGUGACUCUAAAACUGCCAAAGCUUAAUUGGCCAGUUUUUAAGUGACAUUUUCUACAUGAUUGUGCGACCUUUUAUUAUAAGAGGUCAAUGCUAACAAUACACAAAAUUGUGCAUGUUCGCGCUUUGAGGAGUAGCUAAAUUAGGAUCACUUUUUGUGGUGAUUUUGUAGGCACGUGACAUAUCUAUAGUAUAAAAUAUCGUUGGAAUCAUCGGUGCACUUAGUGUUAAGUGUUAACGUUAGUUAUAACGCACUUAUAACGUCUAUUAGCCAUAUUAUAUCAACUUUAGUGUGUAAAAAUCUAAUGCAAUUUUAUAUUUACAAUAAAAGAAAAUGCAAUCGCAAUUGUUUAUUAUAUAUAUUAAUUAUUAAUUAUUUAUAAUAAAAAGAAUCAUUUUAAAAUUUUAUAAAAUAUAUAACUUAAUUAAUAUGAGCAAGCAGUUGAAAAUGCCUUUACAAAGUGCCUUGAACACAAUCAUUCGAAGUCAAUUAUUGUUUUAUAUAUUGAUAUAAGUACUUACAUAUCUAUUUAUUAUUAAUAUAAUAUAUCAUAAUAAGAAUGUGCAAUAUGAGAAAAUUCAGUAAUAAAUUAUUUGCAAAGUUUAUGCUAUCGUGUGAGUGAUAAGCUCAUGUUUUUUUAAAUAACUCACGUUAAUUAUUUAUUUAUCCCAUUGUAUCGUUACGUAUAUAUUAAUUAAGAGAUUGAAAGCUCUUUUUUUCGACAUAGAGAUUAGUUUACCUACAGGUAAUAUGCUAGUAUAUAUAUACAUAGAUCGUACCUUUGUCAAUUUAUAAAUCAUCCACUGUGUGAUGAAACAAAGCCUGGAAAAAUACAACUAACAUAUACUUAGAUGGCGCUGUAAUGCAGAAAAUAGAAGUUUGUCUAUACAUAUCGCUGUUAGCUUUAUGGUUUCGUUAAAUUCAGGCGGUUUAUUGGGGCACACGAAUAUCUUAUCAUUGUCAAACAAAAAAAAUAUUGAAAGUUUCAUGAAUAUAUUCACAAAGUUACAUGGCUAAUACCACGACUCCUAGCUAAAGCCCCUAAAGCUAAAGCCCUUUGGAUCUGUAGCCAUGUGGCACGCCGAUUCUCUUUAUACAAACGCUAAAGCUUCGAAAAUUAAAAAAAUAAUGGGAAUGACAUUCACUAUCGACACUUCACGUGAUAAGUUCUCGAUCGGAACUGUCAUUCCCAUACAUUUCUUAGUAUUCGAAGCGUUAGCGUUUGUAGAAAGAGAAUCGACGUGCCACAUGGCUAAGGCCUCUUCUUGUACUUGGUACACUUAUUAGGUACAAAUUCAAUAUUUUUGUUAUAUCCUUUUUUACAAGGCUAUCAUGGCUCUCAUAAUAUUAUUUCGGUCGCUGUUAAUUGAGUUUGAAGAUAUUAAGUAAGUAUUGUUCAGAUCUUUUCUGUUUCAAUAAGUCUAUAGAUAGACUACUAAUUUGAUAGAAGCAACGUAUAAAAUAACUAUCAACUUUAUCGCUCUGUUUUUGUGAAAUGCAAAAAUGUAUGUGUGCGAUUUAACUUGAUUUUUAAUACGCGUUUAAAAUUAGUAGACUAUUUUGUCUUAAAUGUGAUAGAAGUUAUAUAAUAAUACGUACUUCAAAAAGUUAAGCAAUCUUUUUUAAUUCUACUUUAAACUGUGCAAAAAACUGGCUAUAAUCUUAAAUUCUAAAGUAAACAAAAUUACGCGUGUACUUUACUUACAAUUUUUUUUAAAACCUUGACAUAUUAUACAUUGUUUAUGUAAGAAUUAUUUUAGAAAAUUUCUAAAAAGUCUGCCACAUUUGUGAUAUUUUGUUAUAAAAUGUACUGCGGCAGUACCUAAAUACAAUAAUAAUUUAGCAACAUAAUAAAAAAUGUAUCUAUCUAAAUAUUGGAUAGAAGCAGGCGUUACUUUGCGGAAGUUCAUCAUGAUUUAUUUAUUUUGCUAUCAUCCGCGAAAAGUCGACGAACCCAUGCGACAACGUCACCCAAGUCCGACAAAAUACUCUCUACGUUUAAUGCAAAGACUUUGCAAUUGCACGUUGUAGAGUCAACAUCUCCUGAGGAUGCUCCGGUUUCGGGGUGAAACGUACGUAGAGAGUAUUUUGUCGGACCUGGGUGACGUUGUCGCAUGGGUUCGUCGACUUUUCGCGGAUGAUAGCAAAAUAAAUAAAUCAUUAUAUAAUGUACCUAUCUAGGUAAAAUGUUUAUUUAGUGAAGCUUGAGAGUGGCGUAACUGAUCAUAGAGUUUGCAAAAUACGUGCCCAGAAGGACUCCCCGUGAGGCCGUGAGCUCUGAAGUAGUCUAAUAUUUAAAAAAAAUACCAUGUGAUAAUUUUCUGGGGCAUACAAUGAAAUCACCACGGACCCCAAAUGGUAUAUAUACGCCACUGGCUAAACAGGACUGUUUAGAAAUCCUUUACUUACCUAUUAAUUUUUAAAAAUGUAUUUUAAUUUUGAUGUACCUAUUGUAUUAAUUUUAUUUAAGAGAUUAUUUUUUAAUUUAAGACUGAAUGUAAUUACUCUACUAUUUUGUAAUCCAAUGAUUCGAGGAAUCAUUGUUUGCAAUUUUGCAAUUUCAAAACCUAUUCCGUACUCAUAAAAUUAUUUCCUCUUUAAAUACUGGUAGACAGUGACGGAGCGAGACAUAAAUCUAUUAAAGGCAAUUGAUAAGAAUAAAAUGUAAACUGGCAGUUAAUGUUGAUAGACAAAUAAAAAGUACAAGCUCUACUAGGGCCUCUAGAACUUCUUUGCCUCUUAGACCGCGAGGCCUUACGGCCUACGUCCGCUUACAACUUGCGCCGCCUCUGGUAGUAUUUACAGAACUUAUACGUUUCGUUCUAAGUUUCCAUUACUUUUAUUAAUGUGAAUAUUAAAUAAUAAAUAGCUUGACCAGCAGUGGCGUAACUACGAGUAUCUGAGGCCGUGACAAAUUCAUCGUGCCCCAGAACAACUGUCACUUUGUAAUAUUCUUUUAAAUGUUAAUUGAUGGCUUAUAUUACUUAGCUCUGCUCACAGCCAGCCUCACAGGCAGGGGGGAUUUUUGAACCGUGGGCCCGUGGCAUUUUGCUACCCCUGCCACCCUGUAGUUACGCCACUGCUGACCAGACGUAAAAUACCUGAAUUUGGUUCGCCACAUGUAGCGUAGUAUGUAUAACAUUACAUUUUAGCCGUCUGUACUUAGUUUGCUAGUAUAUUCUUUUUUAGUAAAAGAUAUUCUUUUUUCGUAAAAGAUAUUCUUUUUUCCGCAAUGUAGCAAGGUUUUUUUAUUUUUCAGGUUAGGCUGUGUGUAUUCUGCAGUUUUAUGACAAUUGACUUUAACUACCUAAGCACAAAAUAUUGUUUUCUACUGCGUAUUUAAUUUAUCAGUCAUUCCAAAAUUCACGGUUUAUUUUAUUAAUAAGCGGCCUAAUUAAAUAUAUUACAAGUCUUUACAUUUGUGCGUUAAGUAAGUACCUUCCUAGACAAAAUUCAACAUUUAGGUACAAUUCGUUUGUGUAAAAUGUAAAAUAUAAUUGACUAUUGUUCGAAUGGAGGGGAUGAAUUCAUUAUUACAAACCAGCAUAUUGUUUUUUUUAAUUGUCUCUACCUUAUUGUUCUUAUGGUCUAAGAUCAUACAUAAGGAAUAUAUACCCUCAUCUAUUAUUUAUUUCGGAUAAGAAAUGAUGGAAAAUGUUCACACUGACAAAAUGCAAAUAGGUUACCUAGUUAAAUUGCGGCCAAACACAUUUUUUCAUACAAAAUCUGGGAAACCAUGAACUAGUUACUAGAUCAAAGGCAAAUAUAAAUAUAAUAAAAUUAAGCAUAAAAAAUAAGCUAAAUAACUGAUUGUUUUUGUAUUAACUGUUUAUAUCUGGCAACCUCACAGUUGCAGUGUGAAAACAUUGGCUGCUUUAUGUUUUCAAUUCUGUUGGGUAUAUCCUUUUAACGUACUUACGAUUUUUAUUAAUUAAGCAAAGAGGGAAGUAGAUUAAAUAAAAUAAAAAAAAAAAAACAUUUAUUUGAUACUCACCGGGCGCAAUUUCACUAGGCAACCAUUUGCAAUGUGUCGAUGUGAAUAUUUUGUAUCAUUUAUUUCGCCAAAUAAAUAACAGAUGAGGGUAUAUAUUCAUUAUACCGGAUCUCAUACUAUUAGGGGUACUUACAAACUGAAAUCUUUACCUCCAGUAAAACUUCGUAAUGAUUUAGAUUUAUAGAAAUGAUUAUAAUAUUAACACAACAAAAUAAACCUUGAAUUUCGCUAACUUAAUAAAUACAUAAUAAUUAACAUUUAAUGUAAGCAUCUCAUAAGUGUACUUAAAUAUUUUAAUAUUAUUUUACUUUUAACUAAUGAGGAUUAGUUCAUAGUUUCAAUAUCGGUAAAUAAUUACGUGAAAAUUUUAAUGAAAUAAAUAAAGCAAGAAUUUUA